AUUGGUUUGUUUACCAUCGGCGCCGCUACCAAUGAGAGGAGCAGGCGCGGGUGCCCGCCUCCCCCGCAACGUGCUCGAGCUCGUCCCAGGGACAAGACCCCCGCGCGGUGGUCGAGAUGGCGGUCGCCGGUCUCGGAUUCCGGAGAGCGGCUGUCUCCACUCUUCGGCUCCGUCUCGCUACGGGGUCUCCACCCCGCAGGCGCGCGGCCCAUUUCGCUUUUCAGCCGGACCCGGAGCCCACCCAAUAUGGCCAGACACAAAAAAUGAACCUUUUCCAGUCUAUAACAAGUGCCUUGGAUAAUGCCUUAUCUAGAGAUCCAACUGCAGUAAUAUUUGGUGAAGAUGUAUCCUUUGGUGGAGUUUUCAGAUGUACCGUUGGCUUGAGAGAUAAAUUUGGUAAAGACAGAGUGUUCAAUACUCCUUUAUGUGAACAAGGAAUUGUGGGAUUUGGCAUUGGAGUUGCAGUGACUGGUGCUACAGCUAUCGCCGAAAUCCAGUUUGCUGACUAUAUUUACCCCGCCUUUGAUCAGAUUGUUAAUGAGGCAGCAAAAUAUCGAUACCGUUCUGGAGAUCUCUUUAACUGUGGAAGCCUUACAAUAAGAGCGCCUUGGGGAUGUGUGGGCCAUGGUGCAUUGUACCACUCUCAGUCCCCAGAAUCCUUUUUUGCUCACUGUCCAGGAUUGAAGAUUGUGGUUCCAAGAGGACCUAUUGAAGCAAAGGGACUAUUAUUGUCAUGUAUAGAAGAUAAAAACCCUUGCAUAUUCUUUGAACCUAAAAUAAUGUACAGAGCAGCAGUGGAACAAGUCCCUGUGGAGCCUUACUCCAUCCCUUUGUCUCAAGCAGAAGUGCUUCAAGAUGGAAGUGAUGUAACUUUAGUGGCUUGGGGUACUCAGGUUCAUGUUAUAAAAGAGGUAGCAGUUAUGGCACAAGAAAAAUUAGGAGUCUCCUGUGAAAUAAUUGAUUUGAAGACGAUUUUGCCUUGGGAUGCAGAGACUGUGUGCAAGUCAGUGGCAAAGACUGGACGAUUGCUCAUCACUCAUGAAGCCCCUGUUACUGGAGGUUUUGCAUCAGAAAUUAGCUCCACGGUGCAGGAGGAAUGUUUCUUGAAUCUAGAAGCUCCUAUUACAAGAGUAUGUGGUUAUGACACUCCAUUUCCUCAUAUCUUUGAACCAUUCUAUAUCCCAGACAAAUGGAAGUGCUAUGAUGCAGUUCGGAAAAUGAUCAAUUAUUGAUGUCCAGGUGAAUGAAGAAAGAAAAUUCAACUGCUAUCUACAGAAUGGUUGCCAUUAAACUUGGGCUUAUUUUGUUUUAUCUUUAUCAGGAAUAACCAUUCAAGAUUCUUUUCUGGAUACUCACCUGACUAGUCAUCAAGCCAAAAUUCUGUCAGGUGUUGAGUUCAAUAUGGCCAUGUGAUUGUUGUAAAAUAUUUAUUUUGAUUCUUUCCCAAUUUUGCACAUGAGACUGCUAACUUGUUUUAUCAUGCAAAUCAAGGCUCAGGUUGAACUUAAUAAAUUGUAAUCAAGAGACCUGUGGUCUACUUUUUUGCCUUAAUUGACAAAUGUAUGUUACAGUUUUUACAGUAGACUUGUUAUGUAUGUAUUGAUCCUAAAUGCAGUAGAUUGUAUAUAUCAUCAUUGGUUAUUGUAUUCAUGCAGGUUGUCUGGCGUUCUCCAAAAAUCACUUGGAAGUUCUGAAGGAUCCUCUAGUAUAGAUUGACAAGUACAUUACAGGUGCAUUAAUAAGGAGAGUAAGAGAAAUUCUUUCAUGUAAACUGGGGUGUCAAACUCAGUUUCAUUGAGGGCUGCAUCAGGACUGUGGUUGACCUCGGGAGACUGGGCGGGCAUGGCCGAUUGGGUGGGUGUGGCCAACCUGGUGGGCGUAGACAGCUUGAUGCCACUCCCCAAACUGCUCGCAUGUUUCCUCUUCACACUGGGUAGACAGGGCCGAAGCCACGCUGGCCUGAUCUUUCCUCUUUGGAUUGGGUAGACCAGGACAGCCCCACGGUCCUGAUCUGACCACAUCACUGGCCGAAUCCGGCCCCCGGGCCUUGAGUUUGACACCCCUGAUGUAAACAGAUGGCUUGCUUGAGAGGCUGGAUGUGAUCAUUUCAAUAGUUUGUAAUAAAAAAAACCCCAGACAUACUUGAUUUUGGCUAACCGAUCCCUUUUAUAAGAAAUGUGGCAUUCUCCAAGACAUUUUUGAUGGAAAAUUUAAAUAUCAGAGGACUAUGUGAAAAGUAAACAGAUUAACAGAGUUGGAAGGGACCUUGCAGGUCAUCUAGUCCAACUCCCUGCCCAAGCAGGAGACCCUACAAUUAUAAAUUUAAUUUAUACAUAUAUAUGGAAAUAUUUGAAGCAUUUACCCAAAUUCUCCAUCACUGACAGACAGUUGGAACUUCUAAUAUUUUGUUGCUAUUUGAAAAUUAAACUGAUUAGAUUUAUUCUGGCUGGCUUUAUCAGCAAUUUGGGAAGAAGUCAGGUAAAACCAUUUCAGAGGCUACUUCAUUUGAUUUGGUUUGUAACUAGCAGUCUAAGACUUCCUCCCCUGUUGAUUAUCAUUGCAGAAUUAAGAAAUGGUGAUAAAUUAUUAAGCUUUUUGACAGAAUGGAGUGAAAUCUGUAUGCAUAAUAACCCUUGUUAGCAAAGAAAGCAUUUGGCAUUUCAGACACAUAGAUCACUCAUAGGGGAGACACAUCCAUCUUCGGGUUCUUUUUUCCAUUGUUUGUAAUAAAAACUACCUGAUGAUGAGAGAUUAUCAUGCUGCCCCUAGAAACCUGUAAAUGCAAACGCUUCCUUAUGUAAGUAAUGUCCCAAUUUUAAAAAGAAGCCUAUAGUGGUUAGAUAUUUUUUGUAAAUUAAAUAAAGUUUGCAUUAUUUAAUAAGUUCUAGGAAUAUUAUUUAAAGAACAUAGAAUGUUGUACAGUGGGAUAGACAAUGGGGACAUUCUAGAGCAGGUUUCUUAACCUUAGCAACAUGCUGGCUGCAGAAUUAUGGGAAAUGAAGUCCAUGUGUCUUAAAAUUGUCCCACACAUUUCUGAGGUAAAACUACAUUUAACAAGCAAUAUAGACUGAAGCAAAAGCUAAAUAAACAGGCAAACUGAGAAAAAGAUUUUAGGAAAAUUGACAGGAAAAGGUUGGAUGGAAAAGAAGGAAACUGUCCUAGGAAGACAUGAGAAAGAUAACACAUUCCCAAACUGAUGGCUAUUGUAAUCCUUUUUAAAAUACUUUGCAGGAGAGAAGUAAGAACAAGCAGGCAUCAUCAUGACAUCUCUAAUAAAAUAAUUCCCUGCAGUUAGAACUAGAGCUGUCAUGCAUAAUAUGUAAUUUCUUUUAUCUUUCCUUAUUUCAGUACUUUUCUUAUACAGAAAACCUGAGGGGCAUUUUUGUGUUUUUCUAGACGUUUCAUCAUCCUCUACUUUUCCAAAUUGCCUGAAAAUUAUGACAAGGCCUGAAUGUGCUUAUAGCAGUUCAUAGUACUAUUUUAUUGCUAGAUAAGAAUUUUAAAUCUAUCCAGAACAGCUCAGUCUGACAUACCAAAAAUGUGAAUACAAAAUUAAUGGAUUCUAGCCAAUUGAGAUGUUAACCUGGCAAUGUUGAUGUGUACUUGUGAGAAUAUACAGAAUAGAAUAUAUGUGAAAGCAUAAUUAGGUUUUUCAACGUUUUAAAAUGGGAACUAUGAUUGGUUUGGGAGAUUUGAAACUUGCAAUGUAUGCAGUGUAUCCUUAUGAAAUUAAAAAGAGCUGGGUUCAUUGGGUUGAAAGCAGAGGCAUUAGGAGAAUAAUUUCCGUUUUGAUCCAGUUAUUACUAGGUGAAAAAGUUCUUGGCUAGAUCUUGACUAGAAAAUUGAGAUAACACAUUUUAUUCCUUUCCUGAACGUUUUGAAAUAAAAUUACAUUAUUACUAUUUUUUCCUAAGAUCAAAGAAAUUAUGUGCAACUGUUUUUCAUUUGAUGAUAUUCAAGUGGCUUAUGUUAGGGUAAUGCUAACAGUAACAAAGAUAAGGCCAGCAAAUUUAAAAUGAAGGAUCAUUAUAGAGUAGCUAGAAAAAUAAUUAGAAAGCUGGGUGGAUUUUCUUUUUAAUUUUUGACAAAGCAUUCCAGUAUGAGAAUUUCUCGAAUCUCCAGAUGAGGAUUGUUCCAUAAUGUUUCAACACUAUUACAAAAAAAUAUUGCCUCCUUACUACAGCUGUUUUCCUAUACAUAAACUGAAAUAUAUUCAGCAGAGUAUUAUCCUAAUAGCAACAUUAUCUAUAUAAAAGUAGGCAGUGAAAUAUGCAGUUGAGCCCUAAUUUGGAUCAAAUUUUAGAAAAGUUCAGUGUUGGGAAAGUGAACAGUUUGGAGUAUCCAAUAAUUUUCUUGAGAUUAAAUAUCUGAAUCAGAUCUUCAUACAACACUAUAUUGCUCCUUAAAAAUGAAACUGUUUCAUUGUAUUCUUGAAAUUACUAUUGGACAGCUAAUAAAAUAUUUUAAAUGUGGGGAAUUUAAAAAGUAUUCUUUAAAAAAUUCAAUUUCUCUUUAAGGAGCAGUUCUGAAUAUCUUUAAUAUUUAGUAUUUUUGUUUUUAAAUUAUGUAGAUGUAUCUUCAGAUAAGUCUGAAGUUAAUUCAUUAGGAUUUGUCAUGCAACAAGUUACCUUGGACAAUUAAUGAUUCUAUUUACCACAUACAAUACUUGAAUUAUCUUGUACAUUAAAUAACUCUAGAGAAAAAUACAAUUUUUUUCUGCAUAGAUUUAUUUGUACUCUCUCAACAUAUUGAAUAUUACUAUACUCUUUCUGUUCAAAGAACAUACAUUACUAUGUUUUAAUGCAUUUAUAAUAACAAGAAUUGGAUGCACUAGUUUGAUUAUUACAACUUAUUCACAGAAGGACUGCUGCUCUCUAAAUAUUGUCUAGAUGGCAGUGUACAUCUAUUUGACCUGUAUUUAUGGAUAAAUGCCUUUGCUCUGCAGGAUACAUGCCUUGUGAGUUUAUUGUGCAAAAAAUGUUAUUUGUGAAUGUAAAAAUGAUACAUUGCUUUCCAGGAGAUAUGGAACCACAAGCAAAACAUAGUUUAAUAUUGCAUUUCUCUAAAAUAAAACUUGCCAGCUUUUUAAUAUAACUAAACUGAAGAACUAAUAAUUUUAACAUUCUGUGUUAAAAGCUAACAAUAAUUAUAGUUUAUGUGUUUUCAUUUGAUAAAAGUGUUACAGAUUUGUUACUUGGAAAGUAUAAAAAACAAUUCAAUGAAAUAACUGAUUCUGGUAGUGGACCAACAUUGAACAAUAUGUUCAAAUAUAUACAUUUUACUCCAAAUUUGGAAGUGACCAUAUUAUGUCUAAUAUAGCCAGGUAAGAAUUCAAUUUUUAAGAAUAUUCUUUCUUUUUAAUAAUUUGCUAUAUAGGAGCAAAGCUAUUUGUGAAAAUAUGAAUUCAGCUUAAGUCCACUUAGUUGUGUCUAUACUGUAUAAGUAUUAAUGAAAACUUCCAUAUGGAUUGAAGGUACUGUGGAUAGAUUGUUUCUUUAGGUUGCCUUAUGUAUAAUAUGAUUGAUUAUUUUAUUAUAGAUCUGAAUUUUAAAGCCCAAAUUCCUCCCCAUGAUUUUAUUUGUUCGUGUGAAAUCUUUGGUUUGGAAUACAACCAACACCUUAAACGUUAUCACCCUGCAACUCACAAGUCAAGAGAAUAUGAUCACCAUGUACAUUUUUAAAAUAGGGACAGAAAUAGAUUAGAUGGAUGGAAUUUUGAACUCAGUCUCAAACUUUAAUCAUCAGUAAUUUAUUCACUUUAAAUCAAGAAAAGAAAAGCCUUUCAUGGUUACUGAGUGACUAAAUACAGUUCAAUAUUAUUUUAAUUGCUAUAGAAUUGACAUAUUUACAUGAUGGUUUUAUUCUGGUCUGCCUAUUUAUUUAUCUGUCUUUUUAAAGUUGGAUGUAAAUGAAAAUUUAUGUCAUUGCGUUUUUUUUAAUUGAAAAUCUACUCCGUUAUUUUCUUGUUUAUAGAAACAUGUUUUCUCUGUCUUAGGGCACAUAAAGAAAUUUUAAAAAUAGUGAAAGUAUUGCUACAAUCCAAAAGAUUGGACUAACCUGGUUCUUCUUGAAUAUGUGACAGUUAGGGAGAUAGUUUAGAGGAAGAAAAAGCAAAGGAUUCAUUUUGAUUGGGUUUACCUUCAUUACCUUUAUAAUUAAAGAAAUGCCACAUUUUCUGCUUAUACAUGUAUUUUUCUAACAGACUUUGGUCGUACUAUCUAGAAAGUGCAGGCCCCCCUUAACAUUAAUGUUUCUCUGAGGCCAAUAAGAAUUUCUCAAAUACAACUUUUAAAAUAAUAUUUGCAACAAAGUGUGUUGACAACUCAUACAGAACAUAAUGAACAUUAUCUGUUUUUUUAAAAAAUAUACUGUUUUUUGGCUAAUGAAGAUGAACAAGAAUGUGGAAGGAUUGCAAAGUGGAAUUUUUAGAUAGGCACAAAUCACAAUUGCUAAAGUAGUUAUUAAAAUGUUUCCCCUGAUACAGAAUCAAGUGGUUGGCAAAUGAUUUAAGAGAAAAAUAAUAUACUUUUUUGUUUUUAAUGUUUUAUGGCCAACUUAUAAGUAUGCCCUUUCCUAUGCUAUUACUGGAAAAAUAUCUAAAUUUGGUGAUUUCCCAAUAUGUAUUUGUGAUUGUUUGAUUUUAUUAGCAUAGUUAUAGCUUCUAACAACUCCAAGCAUUUGCUAUAUAACUUGAAAGCUUUAGUAAACAUUAAUUUGAAGUUUUUAUUUGCUGUAUUAGGGCAAUGAAGUAUAUUUGUGUUAUACUUUAUCUCUUGAUUAAUGCCUGUGAUUUAUGGCAAGAGAAGUUUCUUGUAAUAGGAAAAUUUUUAGUCAGCCAAUGUCAAAAUGAUACUCAAUCAUGCAUAUAACCAUUCUAAGUUUUUCAAAUUAAAUAACCCAGUACUGGUAUCCAGUCAUACAGAAUCAAUUUGAGGAAGAUUUGUUUUUUCAUCUGUGCUAGGAGUUCUGUGUCUAAAUGUUAACACUUUAGGUUGAGUUUCGCUAUGAUGUACUAUAUUUAGAAUAAUUUUGAGUGUAGUUUUUACAUGCUCAGUUUAAGCCUAAUAGAUCAUUUGUUGUUGAGAAUUGUCUGCCAGUAAUUAGUGAUACGUAAAAGACCAAGCAAACAGACACAAACAAGCCUUUAUUAAACAAAAAGAAUUCACCUCAAGUUUUAAGAAAGAAAUUUCCAUAGUAGAGUUGCUUCAGAAAAAAUGUCCUAUGCUUUGUGUCCAGCAAUAUGGGUAGUGGAAUACUAAACAAGGAGUCUACAAAGCAGAUUUUUAAUCGCAGAAUAAUAUAAAUUGGAAGGCAUGAUUUUUCAAAAAUGAAACUAGUUAAAGUUCUAUCGGAAAUAAGUUGUCUUUGGAAGCCUGCUGGCAGCCAGGGCAAUUGAUAACAUUGUAUUUGGGUCGGGGAACAGUUUGCUAAAUACUUAGAAGACUUUUGAACUGAAUACACGAUGAAUAGUUUCAUU